CCAGGCGCUGCCUUCGCGCCGCUGGCGGGGUCGUGAUGCCAGCCGCCGCCUGCCCGGGCCCCGCGGACCCCAAGGGCGGGCGGCUGGGCCGGUGCGCGGCCUCCUUCUGGCUGGCGCUGGCCUUCGACGCGGUGGGCUUGUCGGCCCUGCUGAGCGGCGUCUUCGCCGACGUGGCCUUCGCCGACCUGCUCAUCUACGGCGGCGGCAUCGGCGUCUUCCUCAGCCUGGCCUGGUGGGUCUUCUGGUACGUGGGCAACCUGGAGGUGCCGCCGGCCGAGCUGCAGGACGACGUGGGCCUCCGCCCGCCGCCGGCCCGGCCCGACGGGGGCCGCGGGGCAGUCAGCGUCCGCGUCCGCGCCUUCAGCCGCCGCCUCUCCGCUGCCCUCUGCCGCCCUCAGGGCAGCGCCGCCGGGGGCCGAGUCGUCUGCUCGGCCGCCGCCCUCGAGCUGGAGCUGCAGCCGGUCUGAGGAGGGAAGGAGCCGGCGAGGAAGGCGGGCAGGUGGGCGGCAGGCAGGCGGCGCUCUUGCCUCCUCAGGCCGCCAGGUUUGCUGGUGACACAAAGCAGUGGAGCCAAAGAUUGUGGUGCCAUCUGGGUCCAUGGCCACGCUGAAGGAUUGGAUGGAUUUGUUGAAGGCUGUUACUGCCGUUUAUGGUGGAAAUCAAAAGGGAAUAUCAUCCUGGUCAUUGGGAGAGAAAAAAAAUUUCACUGAAGAAUGUCGUGCCUCCCUGGAACCGCACUGCAUGAUUAAGCUACAUCUCUGCCAAAUACAUGCUUCAGUUUUAUACUGUACAGCCUGCAUCUCAAGUGAUAUAAAAGAUUUGCAGUCAUUCAAAUUAAAAUAACUUCUGGGCGGGGAUUUUUACAGUUUCUAAAAUAAAAACACUGGUUUGGAAAGAAUCUUAGCACUUCUGCCCUGAUAAUUAGGGGCAUUGAUCCUGCACACAGUUAUGUAUGCAAAUAAUUAAAACAUGUAGAAGUAUUUAUAGAAUGAAGAUCUUGGACAACCACCAUUCAUCAUCCUGUAAGCAAAGCAUGGAUGCCUUUGAACAUUGUACCACCCACUCAUGGCAUUUGUGUAGAUGUUCUUAUAUCCCUCUGUGGUGGGGAUUUAGAAAUUACUGCUGCAGAAGUUUAAUUUCAUGAUUUUUGCCUUUUUGUAUUAUAAAUAUACUUAAUUAAAUAUCCAAUCUUUUAAAAA